UUUGUUGUUGGAGAAAAGGAGAGAAAGGAAAGCGCGAGGAGACGCCGCCACCGCCACCAGCGCAGCUGUCCCAGAGCCGCGAGGAGACCAGCCGCCCGACUUCCCCCCGCCUCGCCGGCCGCCGCGUCCUCGGAUUUGUUCCAACAAUCUGUUAAAACAUGGUGGAUUACUAUGAAGUUCUGGGCGUGCAGAGACAUGCCUCACCUGAGGACAUUAAAAAGGCGUAUCGGAAACAGGCACUGAAAUGGCAUCCGGACAAAAAUCCUGAAAAUAAAGAAGAAGCAGAGCGGAAAUUCAAACAAGUAGCUGAGGCAUAUGAGGUGUUAUCGGAUGCAAAAAAGCGGGACAUCUAUGACAAAUACGGCAAAGAAGGAUUAAAUGGUGGUGGAGGAGGAGGUGGAAGUCAUUUUGACAGUCCGUUUGAGUUUGGCUUCACAUUCCGAAAUCCAGAUGAUGUCUUCAGGGAAUUUUUUGGUGGAAGGGACCCAUUUUCAUUUGACCUCUUUGAAGACCCAUUUGAUGACUUCUUUGGGAACCGAAGGGGUCCCCGAGGAAGCAGAAACCGAGGUGCAGGCUCGUUUUUCUCUGCCUUCAGUGGAUUUCCUCCUUUUGGAGGUGGAUUUCCUGCUUUUGAUACAGGAUUCACUCCAUUCGGCUCACUAGGGCAUGGGGGCAUCACUUCCUUCUCUUCAGCAUCAUUUGGCGGUAGCGGAAUGGGCAACUUCAAAUCAAUAUCAACUUCUACUAAGAUAGUUAAUGGCAAAAAAAUUACUACAAAGAGAAUUGUGGAGAAUGGUCAGGAAAGAGUAGAAGUUGAGGAAGACGGACAGUUAAAGUCCUUGACGAUAAAUGGUGUGCCUGACGAGAACGCCCUUGCAGAAGAAUGCCAGCGGAGAGGCCAACACACACCAAUUCUGGCCUCUGGGCCGGCCCCAGCAUCAGUUCGGGCCCCCUCCCCAGCCCGGCCCCCGGCCCCAGCUCCAGCUCCAGCCCAGACUCCGGCCCCUUCUAUCAGCACCCGCCCACAGAAGCCACCCAAGCCUGCCCCGACGGUCAAACUUGGGUCUAAAAGCAACCGGGAAGAUGAAGAGCAGGACAGGCAGCGGGUUUCUGGCAACUUGGAUGCCCCCAUGACCUCAGCAGGGCUCAAGGAAGGUGGCAAGAGGAAGAAGCAGAAGCAGAAAGAGGACUCGAAGAAGAAGAAGUCGACCAAAGGGAACCACUAGGCUGGACUUGGCGGCAGCCGCAGCAGCCGCUCUCGUGUGUGGUGCACACGCACACGGCAGCGGCAUCCUUUCGGUGCCGCCCAGGGCCACUUCGCUUAGCAGGAUUAUGGACGUGUGCCCACGGAUCGGUAGGAUCAGGGGUGUUGGAGAUGGAGGUGACAAUCCCGGGUGGCCUGUAUAGUAUAAGCUUGUGACACAGCCUCAGCCUUGUAACUUUGCUUUUACCCAACACUAAAUCUGUAGCCUUUUCCUCUUGUUGUAAGGAUCUGCCUUGUUCUUUUUAGCAGUCCAAGCCCUGCUCCGAGCACUGAAGUAUUUGUAGCUGUAGGAGUCCAGUAGGGUUCAGUAGGGAGCUGGGUAUGUAUGUGUUCAUGACAGACUGUCUCCUGGUGGUGGUACAGUGUGCAGUUUUAGUACAGCGGAACUUACAGGUAAUGUAAGCUGCGCCUUGAGCCAUGGGUGUUAGGGUUCUUUGGAUUCAGUACUCUGGCAACAAGAGGCCAUCAUGAGCCACUUCAGAUGUAGAGUCUUUCCUUAUAUUUAUUGUUCAAUUCUUAAUCUUCUCCAGAUGUCAGAAUUGACACCAAAUAUAGUUUAGUUUUUGGGAAAUCUCAUCUUUUCUUCUUGGAGAAAUAUUUGUCAUUCAGUCAAAAGGUUUUGCCUAUCAAUACCAUUUCUAGCUUUCGUAGGUCAAUGCCACUGGCUACUUACACAAACACAGGGCACACACAGGUAUAUGCAGAAUAAUCAGCUAUCAAGCAAGAAGAUUGACCUUAGUUCUUUCUAUUGCAAAUAUUGGCCCUUUCCUUCACAAGCACCAUCCUGUCAAAUCCAUGCCAUGCUGCCACCUAACUUGCCCUUUGCACUGAGCACCAAGUAGUUCUGAUGCCGCCUCACUUCUGGGCUGCACGUGCCUCUUGGGGAUGUGUUCCUUCCUCUUGGCCACGGGGAUGUUACUCGAACUUUGUCUCCUUGGAAGGGAGGGCAUUAUAAAAAGUGUUGGUGGGCUUGAGAUGCCAGCAGUUGGGUCCAGCAUUGUAGAAAGGGGGAGUUUUGUGAGUUAUGGGCACUACCAUAGCUAGGAGUCUGGGACAGGGUCACCUUAGGUUUGAGGGCAUGACCAUGAAGUGUUUGCUGUGUUUGCUUGGUUUUGAUGGGAGGUGGUGUGGGCAGUUACCAUGGAGUGUGGAUUGGUAUUAAUGUGUGUUGUGGAAAUAUCCACAAGGCGUAAUGUAUUUUAGUGCUACCGACGUAAAUAAAAUGUAAACGUCACUGA